AUGAAUAGGAAGAAAGGCGUCAAUCAAAGGCAGCAGACAGCGGCAUCGCACGCCCCGCCUACUCAAACCAUUGGCUCGGAAUUGCUAGAGAACGAGGAAAGCAAAUGCACAUCCUUCAAGGCGCUUGGGCUGUGCGAGGAACUCAUCAGUGCCUGCGCGGAGGCGGGGUGGCAAAACCCAACACGCAUCCAGGCGGCAACAAUUCCCGUUGUGAAAGAAGGACGGGACAUCAUCGGUGUGGCGCAGACAGGCAGUGGUAAGACGGGGGCAUACGUCCUUCCUCUUGUAAACUGGCUGCUCACCCAGUCCAAGGUUCCUUACCUUUCCGUUCUUGUGAUGGUCCCGACCCGUGAGUUGGCGCAGCAGGUAACCGCGCAGUUUGUCAUGCUGGGACACAGCGUGGGACUGCGCGUGGCGACGUUAGUAGGAGGGGCCGACAUGGUGGAUCAGGCCUGUGAGCUAAGCAAGCGACCGCAUGUUGUGGUCGGCACCCCGGGGCGCAUCAAGGAUCACUUACAGAAUACAAAGGGGUUUCAACUCGUUAAGCUUCACGCACUCGUUUUGGAUGAGGCAGACAAGAUGCUUGACAUGGACUAUGAAAAGGAGAUCGAUGCAAUCCUGGAGCACCUGCCACACAGUCGUCAGACCAUGCUUUUCUCCGCAACCCUCAACACCAAAAUUGAUCGCCUACAGAAGGCUUCAUUGAAUGAUCCCGUUCUGCUGGAAGUGCAUAGAAAAAAUACAACUGUAGACACUCUGAAACAAUACUAUGUGUUCUGCCCCUUUGCACAAAUGUUGCCAUAUCUUCACUUGUACUUGACGCGUGAAACGGGUAAUCACAUCCUUGUUUUUUGCCGUAGCGCUGCGCUUGUGCACCGCAUCACACUUACACUUCGUAUUUUGGGGCACCAAGCACUGCCACUCAUGGGGCGCAUGGAUCAAACAAACCGUAACAUUGCUCUGACAAAAUUUAAGGAAGGAAAGGUACGGAUUUUAGUAUGCACCGAUGUGGCACAGCGUGGAUUGGACAUUUCCCACACGGACGUGGUUGUCAAUUAUGCGCUACCGGAUCGUGUGGAGGAUUACAUUCACCGUGUGGGACGCACUGCCCGUGCGGGGGCUCAAGGCAAAGCUGUUAACAUUAUCAGUCAAUAUGAUAUUCUUCUACUACAGAGAAUUGAGGCCACCACGGGGGUAAAGUGUGAAGAAUGGCCUGUUCAAGAGGGCGAUGUGGCGGCGGUGCUGCAGCGUGUGGAGGACGCCGAACAAGAGACCAUCAAGGAGAUUCGAGAGAAUGAGCAGGAGUCCAAGUUUGAAAAGGAGGUGCGCCAGUUGGUCACGGCAAAGAAGGGAAAGCGGGAACGAGGAGAAGGUGACAUGGGCUACGACGACUCCAAGCACGGCAAAGUGGAUUUUGCAACGUUGCGGCUGCGCCGUGAGAAUGAGGCCGUGUUUAAGAUGACAAAAAAGGAGCAACGCAAGUCUCUUUGGGCAAAACGUCGCGAGACACAAAAGAAGAUCAAAUCGCAAAUGUAA